GAGCCGGAUGGGAUAUUGCUUUUGGAGCCUUUCACGUCUUCAGACUCAUUGCAUAUUGAGAGACAGGCUCUGGGAGGAAAAUCAUGGCUCUUUGCAGUUUUGGGGAAACUUAUUGGAUUUUACUUGUCCUUUAACCAGUGGAUCUUUGCUUUCUGAGAUUGGAUAUACAAGUUUACUACUGGACUGAAGCAACAAGUUUCCUAGACUCCUUUUGACUAUUUUUUUUUUUUUUUUGCAAUGACUGGUCCCAAUGUACUGAACUCCUGCACAUCACCAGGGGAGGACAGCGAAUACCCAAGGGAUUUAUAAUUUUAAUUUACAUCUAAAUCAGACCUGGAUCCACAUAUGUGUAAAGAAAAGCUGGACAUUAUGAUCCUUACACAAAUAGAGGCAAAGGAAGCAUGUGAUUGGCUGCGGGCUGCAGGGUUCCCUCAAUAUGCUCAGCUCUUUACAGAUCUCCUAUUUCCUAUUGACAUCGCUGCAGUAAAAACCGAUCAUGACUUUUUGGACAGAGAUGCUAUUGAAGCAUUGUGCAGACGUUUAAAUACUUUAAAUAAGUGUGCCGUAAUGAAGCUGGAAAUAAGUCCAAACAGGAAGAGGAGUGAAGAUUCAGAUGAAGAUGAACCUUGUGCAAUCAGUGGAAAAUGGACCUUUCAGAGGGAUAGCAAAAGAUGGUCCAGACUAGAAGAAUUUGAUGUGUUUCCUCUGAACCAGGGACCAAAACCAACCCUCUCUGAUGCACACCAGUUAGCUAAUGCAGCUAGUCAAGACAGCAUUCUUACUGACCUAAGUGAGCAGCAGGAAGUAACCUCCAUACACAGUACCAGUAGUGACAGUCCCCAAGCACACCCUAUCAGUGAGGCAAGCACAACAAGGACAAACUCUGUCAUCAGCAUUUGCUCAUCGGGCAACUUUAUUGCGAACGAUGACUCAUUUGGUAGCCUUCCAUCACCAAAAGAACUGUCCAAUUUCAAUUUUAACAUGAAAGCUAAUGAGAGAAACUCCAAAUCGAGAACAAAGAGCCUUCUGAAGAGAAUGGAAAGUCUAAAAAUUAAAACUUCCGGCAGCAAAAAGAAGUCUCAUUCCAAACUGGGUUUGAUUAUCAGUGAACCCGUUUUACAAGAAGGGGCUGAUGAUGAUAAGCUAAAGCAACUUAACUGUGUGGAAAUAUCUUCCCUAAAUGGAAAUCACAUUAAUGCACCCAAAGUGCGAAGGAGGAGUAUCUCAAACUCCACACAGACUAGCAGUAGCAGUAGUCAGUCUGAGACCAGCAGUGCGGUUAGUACUCCAAGCCCCGUAACAAGAACACGUAGCUUAAGUGCUUGCCACAAGAGAGUAGGAAUGUACUUAGAAGGGUUUGACCCAUUUAACCAGUCAACAUUUAGUGAUGUCCUUGAACAGAACUAUAGGAAUCAGAGGAAUUUUGGCGAUGAUGCUGUUUUUUUCAUUCCAGAGGACCACAAACCUGGCACUUUUCCCAAAGCACUUUCAAAUAGCAACUUGUCUCCCUCUGACAGCACCUCAUCUAUGAACUGGAGGACGGGCAGUUUUAAUGGCCACGAGCUCCUCAAUUUUCCCAGUGAUAAUAGUGUCAACAGCUGCAAAAGUUCCAUCAGCAGCAGAAGACGGAAUUCAUGUUGUUCCGAAGGAAGCCGCUUAAGUAUUUAUGACAAUGUACCAGGCACACUUCUGUAUUCCAGUAACAGUGACCUGCUUGACCUGGAAAAUGAAGAUAUCUUCCCAGAACUGGAUGACAUUUUAUACCAUGUGAAAGGAAUGCAAAGGAUAGUGAAUCAGUGGUCAGAGAAAUUUUAUGAUGGGGAUUCCGAUUCUGCCCUGGAUUCUGUUUCCCCAUGCCCGUCCUCCCCAAAACAAAUACACUUGGAUAUUGACAAUGACUGCAAUGCUCUUAGUGACCUAGACAGCACAGGAAACUCAUUAAAUGAGUGUGACGAAACCGUAAUCCAAGGAAGGAGGGAUUCUGGAGUUGGCGCUUCACUGACUAGAACCAAUCGGCAUCGAUUUAGAUGGCACAGCUUCCAGAGUUCACAUCGCCCUAGUUUAAGCUCUGCUUCUCUACAAAUCAACUGUCAAUCUGUGACUCAAAUCAAUUUACUGCAGAAGUUCUCUCUCUUAAAAUUAACAGCCCUUCUGGAAAAGUACACCCCGUCUAAUAAACAUGGAUUUAGUUGGGCUGUGCCCAAAUUUAUGAAAAGGGUUAAAGUUCGGGAUUAUAAAGACAGAAAUGUGUUUGGUGUUCCUCUGACCAUUAACGUGCAGCGUACUGGACAGCCAUUGCCCCAAAGCAUUCAGCAAGCCAUGCGUUACCUGCGCAGUCAAUGCUUAGAUCAGGUGGGUCUGUUUAGGAAAUCUGGGGUGAAGUCCAGAAUCCAGGCUUUGAGGGAGGUAACAGAAAAUAAUGCCGAUGGUUUGUCAUAUGAGGCGCAGUCUGCUUACGAUGUUGCUGACAUGAUAAAGCAGUACUUCAGAGAUCUACCUGAGCCACUGCUAACCAGCAAGCUCUCUGAAACCUUUCUGCAGAUUUAUCAAUAUGUGCCAAAAGAUCAGCGCCUUCAAGCAAUCAAGGCAGCUAUCAUGCUUUUGCCUGACGAGAACAGAGAAGUCCUGCAGACGCUUCUGUACUUCCUAAGUGACAUUGCUUGUGCAGUGGAGGAAAAUCAAAUGACUCCAACAAACCUCGCUGUAUGUUUGGCUCCUUCCCUGUUCCACCUCAAUACUUUAAAGAGAGAAAACUCAUCUCCUAGGGUGAUGCAGAGAAAGCAAAGCUUGGGGAAACCUGAUCAGAAAGACUUGAAUGAGAACCUUGCUGCAACUCAGGGACUGGCUCAUAUGAUUGCUGAAUGCAAGAAACUUUUCCAGAUUCCAGAAGAAAUGAGCAAGUGUCGUAAUUCUUACAUGGAACAAGACCUGAGACCAGUGUGCUUAGAGGAACUUGUAAAUGGAAACAAUGAAGACUCUGACUAUCAGUCCUAUCUUCAAGAGAGCAUUGACAUCCUACUCAAAGAAGCCAAGGACAAGUUUAAAGGAUGGGUCAGCUGUUCAACCUCAGAGCCAUCUGACCUUUCCUACAAGAAAAUGAGUGAAGGACCACCUCUACGACUGUGGAAGUCCUCUAUUGAAAUCCCAGCUCAGCCAGAAGAUGUUCUACAGCGUUUGCUGAAAGAGCAUCAUCUAUGGGAUGAAGACCUUUUGGAUUCCAAAGUCAUUGAGCGUUUAGAUGACCAGACAGAUAUUUAUCAAUAUGUACAAAAUAACAUGGCACCACAUCCUGCUAGAGAUUAUGUUGUAUUAAGAACAUGGAGAAGCAAUUUACCAAAAGGAGCAUGCAUGCUUUCAUACACCUCUGUGGAUCACGACAGUGCUCCUUUACUUGGUGUCAGAGUCAAUGUACUUCAGGCCAAAUAUCUCAUUGAGCCGUGUGGCACAGGAAAAUCCAAGCUAAACUAUCUGUGCAGAAUGGACCUGAGAGGACAUAUGCCAGAAUGGUACAAUAAAGUUUUCGGACAAUUGUGUGCAGCAGAAGUGGUCAGGAUUCGAGACUCUUUCAUCAACCAGCAAUCAGAAGGCAAAGAUGUAAAGUCAAGGUGACAACCCAAAAAUUGUUAAGGAUUGUGGUGGUCACAGGAAGUUAAAGAACAUUCGUUGAGAUGAUUUUAAAGCCUAGUGAACACAAGUGACAGAAUGAAUCACAGACAUUGGACUUAUUUUUUUUUAGAGACUGUAUUUCAGAUCUAAAGCUGCUUGUAUCUCAGACUGGUGCCUAUAUUGAUGUCCUGGACUGGAUUCAUAAGCCUGUAAAUUGUCUUAAGUGUCAUUUAAUGUAUGUUCUAUGACAUACUCAUUGACAUUGCUUCUAGGAAGCAACACAACUAUAUUGGAAAUCAUAUAUUGGACAACUUUAUGAAAACGCAACAUUCCUAUAUGCUUUUAUUUUCUUUUAUAUUUCUGUGCAGUUUAUUUUUUUAUUUUUGAGCAUAUAGACUCUAUAGAGGGACUGGUAUAUCCACUGGAAAAUUGGUACUCUUACUUUAUUUUUUUUUCUUCUUUUAAUGUAAAAGAAAAAUUUGCACAGCAUAAAUGUGUUUGUGUUUCGCUCUAAUGAAUGAAGUUUGGUUUAGUGUCUGGAACACUAAUAGACAACUCGUCUGCUUUUAAUUGUCAGGUCUAUGUAGAAAUAUCAAAUGUCUCAAUGAGCUGGGUGGUUCCUAACUUUUAGAGUUCACCUAAAUAAUUAUUCCCCUUUUUUAAUGUACUGUUAACCCUCCUCAGUCAUGUUGUUUUGAGUUUAGAACGUGAGUGGUCAGCUAGCAAAGCAGCAUUGCAUUUUUGUACCAGCUGGGGAUCUACCUUUUGGACAUCCGUGGUCUACAACAAGGGUGACCAAAAGGGACACCCAAGCUCUUUUAGAACUGUAACUUUUGUCAGCCUACAACAGAUGGGAGAGGACUACUUUUUGGGUCACAUAGUGUCUAGAGAAUUGUGCUUCUCAAACCGGUUCUGGUGAUUAACUAGUAAACUAGUGAGACAAUUUUGUGUGAUCUUCCACUACUGGUUUGAGAAACAUCUUUGGGACAAAAUUGCUUAAUCACAGUAUGACAAGCUGGUAAGCCUGCAUUACUGGGCCAUGCCAUGUGAUUGUUGGAGUUCUGUACCACUGAUUGCAUAGCAAAAUAUUUAAACACUCUAGUACUCAUACACAAAAUUUCCCAUUUAAAAAUGGACUGUGUAAAACACAUUUGUAUCUAUAAGCCACAACCGAAUAGGACAGGUUUUGAAAUACAUUUCCAUUUUGUAGAACGUGUCAUACGUUAUGUGUAUGUGUACACCAAUAUAGGACUUUUAUAAUUAAAGGAGACUGGGUGCCUCAUUAGGCAACAUGCUAAUCUUGAUAUCUAUUAGUAGUACACUUUUUCAUUAUGUUCUAUGGAAAACUUGAGUGGUUACCCUUGUAUCUAUGACUGUCUAGCCUCUUCGAUAUAGAAAUAAUUUUCAGUGACAAUCUGGAAAGGGCAGUGUGGUCUUCUUGGCUCCUAAUUACAAAACACAAAGUUAUGGUCAGGUUUUCAGAUCUAUAAGGGGGAUUUGCAAGUAUAUUUCUGGAAAACCGAAAACUCCUAAACUCUAAAGAUAGAACAGACAUGCUAAUGUAAAAAAGUGUCAGUUUGGCCUCUUUUUAACUCUUUGAGUGCUAUGCUCGCACUUCAAGCUCUCAAAUAAUUGCUGGGACUUUAAAUAGAUUUUUAAUACAGAAAGGAGAAGUGUGGUAUGUUGAAGAAGUAAAUUAAAUGUUUGUAGACUGAAAGAGAAUUUUGUGAGUGGAAGUCGAAAGAUUUUAUGUUAUUGCCGUUAUCAGUAUUAUAUUGAAAUGCUUUCAAUGAAGAAAACCUUUUUCUUUUUUCUUUUUUGUUGUGUAAGAUCAGUCAGAAUAAUAGUAGUAUUUUAUGAUCAGUGUUUCCAUUUAUAUUGUUAACCUUGUAUAUUCAGUGUAAUGUUUUGUCGUUUGUUUUGUUUUGUUACUGUACAAAUGUAUUGCUGUAAAUAUUAUAUUAAUGUAUUCUUGUAAUGUGUAUUGUCCAACAUAGAUAAAGCAUGGCGCAAUUAAUUAUUUAAGAUAUACAUGUAUUUAUAUCCCGGAGGUUUUUGUUUUUUUUCUUCUUCUGUACCUGGAUGCAUUCCUUCAAUCUAUAUGUUAUUGUAAAAGAGCAUAGUACAUAGAUUUAUAUCUUAAUGCAUAUGUGUUUAUAAAAUAUAGCCAAGUGCACUAUUAAAUCUUUCAAAUGAGA